GCCCCCCCGCCGCCCCCCGCCCGCAGGUGCAGGGGGCUGGCACUCGGCAGCUGGAAAGAGCUGGUUGGAGUUUGCACUUUAAGCUCCCGGCUGGGAGCGAGCCGGGGCUGGGAGCUGGUGCGGGCGCUCAGCGCCGCGGGAGGAUGGCGCGGUGGCUGUGGCCCCUCGUGGGAGCCCUGCUCCUGCUCGAGGGGGCGGCCGCCCUCAGCUUCCUCCACCAUCGCUACGAGGAGCUGGUGCAGGCCCUGUUCCGCGUGCAGAGCCAGUGCCCCUACGUCACCCGCAUCUACAGCAUCGGCCGCAGCGUCGAGGGCCGGCACCUCUACGUGCUGGAGUUCAGCGACUACCCCGGCAUCCACGAGCCCCUGGAGCCAGAGUUCAAGUAUGUUGGGAACAUGCAUGGGAACGAGGUGCUGGGCCGUGAGCUGCUGCUGCAGCUCUCUGAGUUCCUGUGCGAGGAGUACCGCCGGGGCAACGAGCGGAUCACGCGCCUCAUCCAUGACACGCGCAUCCACAUCAUGCCCUCCAUGAAUCCCGACGGGUACGAAGUGGCUGCCAAGCAGGGCCCAGACAGCAAUGGGUACUUGACAGGGAGGAACAAUGCCAAUGGAGUGGACUUGAACCGCAACUUCCCUGACCUCAACACGCUCAUGUACUACAGCAGGGAAAUCAGCGGGCCAAAUCACCACAUCCCACUGCCUGACAACUGGAAGAGCCAGGUGGAGCCAGAGACAUUGGCUGUGAUCCAGUGGAUCAGCAGCUACAACUUUGUGCUCUCGGCCAAUCUGCACGGUGGAGCAGUGGUGGCAAAUUACCCCUAUGACAAGUCCCAGGAUCAGCGGUUCAGGAGCCACCGGCGCACAGUCAACACACCUACCCCUGAUGAUAAGUUGUUUCAGAAGCUGGCCAAGACCUACUCGUACGCCCACAGCUGGAUGCACCGGGGCUGGAACUGCGGGGACUACUUUGCUGAUGGCAUCACGAAUGGGGCAUCCUGGUACUCACUCAGCAAAGGCAUGCAGGACUUCAAUUACCUCUACACCAACUGCUUUGAAAUCACCCUGGAGCUGAGCUGCAAUAAAUUUCCCCCUGAGGAGGACCUGGAGCGGCAGUGGAUGGCCAACCGGGAAGCCCUUGUUGCUUUCAUUGAAGAGGUUCACCAGGGCAUCAAAGGGAUGGUGUCAGAUGAGAACAACAACGGCAUUGCAGGAGCAGUGAUUUCUGUCCGAGGGAUCAGCCAUGACAUCACCUCUGGUGAUAUGGGGGAUUAUUUCCGGCUGCUGCUGCCUGGCACUUACACUGUCACAGCCUCUGCAGAGGGGUACCAGCCCCUGACGGUGACAGCAACAGUGGGCCCAGCUGCACCUUCAUUGGUGCAUUUCCAGCUCAAACAAGAAGUGGUGAGGAAGCCUACAGAGCGUAAAGCCUCAGGCACACGUAUGAACAACAAAGCCCUGCAGAAGAAGGUUGUGCCAAGAGCCACCCGCCGGGGGACCCAAAGAUGAGGACAACUCAUUUGGCUGAGAGCUGGGGAAGCCGUUUACAUGAGGCCUGGCUGACGACUCCAGCCAGUGAACUUUCCAACAGUCCAGCAUGAAACUAGCCCAAAUUAUUAGGUUAUUAAACAAAGAAGUAUUUAAUCCCUGAA